ACAAAACCUAUUCUGAUUGGUUGGCUUUUCCGCCUUAACCAAUCACAACGUUUGUUAUACAGAGACCAUCAAACAUGGCGGAUGAUUGUUGUGAGCAGAUGUGAAGCUAAUCGAAAUCAAAGCUAAAACUCUGAAAUAUUCGGGAACAUUCGUAAAUAUUGACGUUUAGUCGAUCCAAUAAUACGUACUACGAUGUUUUAUAUAAAAUAAUGUUUAGUCGGAUAUUUAGAAUUUCAGUACGGAUGUCAAAACCUUUGGAUUCAAGGGAUAAUGUUAGCAUUUGGGUACAUCAUUAGUUUGCAUUAAAUUAACUUAAAAAGUUGCUUAAAUUGAAGCAAUGUUAGGAUUUCUGACAGCAAGGCAGGCAGGGCUGGAUGACCCUUCGAGGCUGAGACGAGCAGAGUCAACAAGAAGGGUUCUCAAUCUGAAGUUAAAUCCUGACAGGGAUGUGGAUCGAAUUCAUGGGAAUGGCAUUAAUAGCAUUGAUAUUGAGACAAUUGAAGGGAGAUACAUGUUAUCCGGAGGUGCAGAUGGAGUAAUAGUCAUCUAUGACCUUGAUAACUACAGCGGGAAGCCACAAUACACCUGCAAGGCAGUAUGCACAGUUGGCAGGUCCAGCCGACAUGUCCAUAAGUUCAGUGUGGAGACAGUUCUUUGGUAUCCUUAUGACACUGGGAUGUUUGUCUCUAGUUCCUUCGACAAAACCAUGAAAGUUUGGGAUACAGAGACUUUAAAGCCCGCUGAAGAGUUUGAGUUUGAGAGUAAUGUCUACAGUCACCACCUGUCCCCAAUCGCCAGGAAGCACAGUCUCAUUGCAGUUGGCACCAAAAACCCUAAAAUCCAGCUUUGCGACUUGAAAUCUGGCUCAAAAAUUCAUGUUCUUCAAGGCCACAAAGCAGAAGUACUGUCCGUUCGAUGGUCGCCGAGAUAUGAGCACAUUUUAGCCACUGCCAGUGCAGACAGCAAAGUAAAAGUGUGGGAUGUCCGGCGAGCAUCUGGCAGCCUCUUCACUCUUGACCAGCACAACGGGGACAAGUCCAAGUCCGCCUCAGAAGCAGUAAACACAGCCCAUAACGGUAGAGUGAAUGGUCUUUCCUUCACUGCUGAUGGACUCUUCCUCUUAACCACUGGAACCGAUGACAGAAUGAGAUUAUGGAAUAGUGCUAGUGGGGAGAACACAUUGGUGAAUUACGGGAAAGUUUGCAACGAGAGCCGUAAAGGGCUGCAGUUCUCAGUGUCUCACGGCUGCAGCCCGGAGUUCGUGUUUGUGCCGUGUGGCAGCUCGGUGGCGGUGUACGUCCUCCACACGGGAGAGCUGGUCACGAUGCUCAGGGGUCACUACAACAAUGUUGACUGCUGCAAGUUCCAUCCAGACCACCAGGAGCUGUAUAGUGGAGGAAAAGACAGUAACAUACUAGCAUGGGUUCCAGUGCUUCGAACUUCAGAUGUGGAAGAAGAAUCUGACCAAAAGAAUAAGGGUGCUGCUGAUUCGUCUGCAGUAAAUCGUGCCUUUCAGGAUGCGUGGAGCAGUGAUGAAGACUAAUGCACAUUUUUUAAAUAUGAUGGUGUAAGGACGCGUCUUUGUUCAACCAAAAGACUCUGCAGUUCUUUCAACAUAGAAAGGUUAGUGGAUAAAUUUUAGUGUGUCAGUUUUAAGGAAGUGUAGAAACGUUUACAGCAAAAAAAAAAAAAAAAAUUACCGAACACAUAAAUAAUCCCCUAUAAUACUGUGGGAUUCUUCAUUUACUCUGCCUUUUAUUUUGUGACUUCUGACACAUCUUUAAGUUUUCCUGCUCUUCUCUCGUCCUCUCUGAACACUCCCAAACUUAGCAUUUAGAGUAUGUUGCAUACCAGCUCAUUCUUCUAGACAUAACAAAUUUUCUAAAUGAUAAACUCCAUUCAUCGUUUCUCCCCGGUUAGACCGGAAGUGUAUGACAGUAAGCGUGUGAAAUAUUAUCAGCCGCCUCCAUUAUACCAAAGAAAAACAGUGACAAACAAAGGCUGAAAUGACAGAAAAAAUAGUUGAAACAAUUAAAAGCUUUGUAAAAACAGACAAAACAAAACCAACUUCCACAUUAAACUCUUUCUAGACACUGAAAUAGAUUUUCAUUGUUUUGGAGAAAUGAAAUAAUGAUAUCAUUACAGAUUCUCACCUUUGUUUGUUGCUUCUGACAUUUCUGAGUCAAUUUUCUUUAUAUUAUUUUGUAUGUUUUUCCAGCAGAAGCCUGAUUAGGAUUUGUGCCUCCAGCAUUAUGUAAAUGUUAUGUAACUUGUGUGAAAAAAGCCCAGAUUGUACAUUUUGUACAUUGUUGUUAUAGCAUUUUUUUUAUUGUUUUCUUGUAUUUUAUUUUUUAAUAUUAAAAACAUAAAUAACCUUUGUAAAAAUUAUUUAUCUGAGUCUAUUGUUUUCCUGUUUAUCUGUUGCUAAAUGUCUUGUUUCUGGUUUCAACCAUAGAUGCAUAAUCACUGGACCCAAACACUUUGACACCAUCUAUAGAAUGAUCGUGACUGGAUGUUAAUCUGCAAAACUCAGCAAAAUUCCUAAGUGGGCAAUUGGGUUGGACAAUGUAAAAUGAAAGUUUUGUCUAUGUAUUGAUUGAUUUAAAAAAAAUAACACGCCAACACCACAUAAGAAAAAAAUCUCAAAGCUGAUGGAAUAAAAAUGAACCCAUAGUUUAAAUACUGCUAAAGACUGAUUAUGGUUUUAUUUACGUGAGGUCAUUUUUACUGACAAAAUGAAGCAUUAGACUGAGAGAUAAAUGGAAAAUGAUAAAAAAAAA